CGAAGUAAAACAUUAUUAAGCAACUACUUUUUCAUUAACGUAUUUGAAAGCUUGCUACUUUAACUGUACUAAGGAUCUCAAUGGCAGUAGAAGUUUCAAGAAAUCAGCUAACAACGUGGCUUUUUAUUGUUAUUGUUUCUAUUAGUCAAGCACAACAAAAUAAGGUGAAUGGAUCGGUUGGAAGAAGUGCAUUGCUUCCGUGUUCAUCCAAGUUUAUUCCUGACCAAUACACCAACUUCAGUUGGUUGAAGAACAAUUCAUUGCUAAUAACAGGAACCAUUAGCAAUUCUGAAGUCAAUGUUCAAGAUGAAACUUAUCGAAACAGAGUUCAACUUCCAGAAAAUUUUUCAUCUGGGAAUCUCUCACUCCUAAUCACUGACCUGAAAUUAAAAGAUUUUGGAAUAUACAGGUGUGAGGCAUUUAGGAAGAAUCAAAGUAUCAGAUCUGAAGAGACCUUCCUUACUGUAACUAGAGAUGCUGUUUCAAAACCUAUUGUCAGAAUUCUUCAUCCUCAAAACAUUACUGAUCAAAACACAGUCAUAUUGAAAUGUGAAGUCACACGUGGCUCCUUACCUAUCACAUACAUGUGGCACAGGAAAGCCAAUAAAACAGAAAAAGCCAAGAAAAUAAAACAUUAUCAACAAACGUUGGAGAUCAAUCGUACAGUGAAGGAGGGUAGUGGCUUUUUCCACUGUAAAGUCAGCAAUAAUUUUAGUACAGAGAGGAGCAGCCCAGUGGAAAUUCCAAUAUCUGACUCUGCCACAUCCUCAGAGGAAACGACUCUCAGCACACCAAACAAUACCAGCACUCCCAGAAUUCCAUGGCUGGUGGCUGUUGCUACUUCAGCAAUGGUCUUAUUCAUUGUUUCCAUAAUCUUGAUAACAAUAAGGAUAGUUAAGAAAAAGAUGAAAGAAAGACAACAGCGAAGUUCAAUUUUCCUUGUGGAAAACCAAAAAGAUAUUGCUGUACAAACCGAUGAAGAGGAAUUGGAACUCCACGAAUUUUGGAAAGAAAAUAAUGAUGUCACUUAUGCAACCAUUGACCACACUAGACGAUUGUCUAGACCACCAGCCAAAGCAAGAAACAAAUCAAAUCAGUUCACUGAAACUGCCUCAGUGACGCAUCAACCAUACAUGAAUUGCCAUGUAAUCUACUAACAUAGGAGCUGGUCACUGUGAAGCAAAAGACAUCACCUACAUGGUGUGCAACACUUUAACAACUGUGAAGUGUAUUUUCAUGCAUUUACUUUUGCUGCAACAGUAAGCCAUUAAGAAUUAAGUGUUUCAUAUAAUUGCUUCAGUUAUCAUGAAUCAGUAUUUUAUUUUUAACUAACAAAGAUGAAAUAAAAUAUUAGAUGCUAACUCAAUCAGUCUAUAUAUUUCUAAAUAGCAAUAUUAUCACCUGACAAAGUCAUGUGAAGUAAAUGUCUUUCAGAUAUUUAAGAUUUGAGAGAGAUUUACAACUUUGCAGGAAUUUUUGAUAAUUCCUGCAAAGGUUAAUAGGACCUCAAAAUGAACAAUGUAGCGUAACAGUUCGAGUAAAGGAGCUUGUUGUGAAGGAAAUAGCUCAAAGACUCAAGAUAUUUAAUGGAUCAUAAAAACAAAGUACUUUUGUUAUUUUCUGUACAGGAAGACAUACUAAAGCUCCUUACUAGAAAUCCCUCACACUGACAUUACAUUGUCAGCUACAUUAAGUAAAUACUGAUAAAUUCUCUUUACAUUUUUAAAUAAAUUACCUUUGAAUUCUCUGUACAC